CGACUCGUACCAGCAAGCCCAGCUCAACUUCAGCCUCGACCAGCAUCGCGCACAGCACCAGCAUGGACGGACAAUAUCCAACUACUCAAACGGCCCCACGCCCUCGACAUACACAAUGGAACAAUCUGAGAGCCCCGCCCCGCUUCCAACCCGCGACUAUCUGAAAAGUCAAGAGGAGGUCCUAUACAUGCAGGUCUUUGUCGAAGAAAUUGGAAUUUGGAUGGAUAGCAUGGAUGCACAUAAGCACUUUUCGCGAUUGCUGCCCUUCCAUGCGCUCAACGAGCCGAUGCUGUUACAUGCCUUUCUUGCAUGUGGCGCACGGCAUCUUGCGCUUGUCAAUCCAAAGUACAGCGAGGAAAAGGCACUGCAUUACUAUGAUGUAGCGACGCGCGACCUAUUGCAUUCUCUCCAAAACCCCGACCGCGACACCAUUCUAUGUGCGACAACUGCCGUCAUAUUAAAUGUCUACGAGAUCAUGGCCGAGCGCGCACUACAACGGAUGAACCACAUUGCCGGGGCUCGCGCCUUGAUCAAGGAGUGCCGGUGGAAUGCAAAAUCAACAGGCAUCGGAGCUGCCUGUUUCUGGCUCAACGUGGGCAUGGAGAUUCUGAGCUGUCUGCACUUCAAUUGGCAAGUCGCGUGGGAUCCAGACGACUGGGGCAUUGAAAUGGACUUUACGCCAGAGACGGAAUCGGGAAAAGAGGAGGUCUGGACACAUCGCAUAUUGUAUAUUGUUGCCAGGAUAUGCAACUUCCGCGCUUCAAUACCACGCAACCCAGAAGUCGCUAGACAAACAUUGCAGGACCGCCACAACGAGUGGCUACGUCUCAAAGACAUGACCGACAGAUGGAACGAAAACAUCCCCAGAACUAUGCAUCCAAUGGCCUAUCUUUAUCCCGGCCAGACCAUAUCUGGCUCAGCAUUUCCAGAAGUCUGGUUAAUCAAAAGAACAUCAAUCGUCGCCCGCCUGUUUUAUCACACGUCUCUUGUUCUCCUGGCCCAGAUCAACCCAGUACAAGCAACCAGCGAGCCGGAAAUGUGGGCCAUGCUCGAGCAAAACUCAAAGUUUAUCUGCGGCAUUAGCGCACAUGUCAAAGAUCGCGGCGUCGCUAGCGUCGCACUAAGGUCCCUUGCCAUUGCGGCCGAGUCUCUCACCGAUCGGCGAGAGCAAGAAGAGGUUCUCCAAAUCUUUGACAAGAUUCGACAAGAGACAGGGUGGCGAGUAGGAUUUGUCAAUACCGAACUGAAGCAAAAGUGGGGCUGGGAUACUCCGCAGAACCAGGACCAACAGCAGCAACAGCAACAGCCACCACCACCGCAGCAACAGCAGCAGCAGCAGCAGCAGCAGCAACAGCUUAACGGGCAAAUGCAAGACGGCAACUCCAUGUACCAGCAGCAGCCACACAUUGUCGUUCAGCAACAGAUGCCUCAAGUCUCUCUAGCGCCCCCGCCCCCAGCACAAGCCCCAGCCUCCGUACCCCGCCGACCAACCGCCUUUGGCAAUCCUCUUCUCGUCGCCGACUUUAGCAUGCCUCAGCACCCCUAUCAAGCACACUAUGUCCCCGCGAAUAUUGUCCAACAACAGCAACCUCCCUCUCUUCUCCAGCCGCCUCUUAAUGGCUAUGGAACUCAUUUUUUCUAA